GAGUCGAGCCGACUUGUUUUCAACUUGACUUGUGUUUUCUACAUCUCAACCAGUGCACCACCUCAAUAUCAUCGGGUCAAUAAUAGUCGGUUUUUAUAUAGUUUGUGAGUUAAAGAAUCGGGACGAGUCACCGUAGCGUUCAUACCUGAUAUUAAAUACCACGACGUUCGACUCCUGUUCUUCUAAAUCCUAAAGCAAGCUAGCGUUAGCGUUAGCAGAGACGCUCCAGGGAUGGCGGAGGUUCCCGGGACAUCAAGUGAGACGAUAACGGAGACUGUUCAGACAAACACACCGCCACCUCCCCAGCAGGAGGGACGAAGCCUGACAAUCAAACUGAGGAAGAGGAAGACUGAGAAGAAGGUGGAGUGGUCAAGUGACACUGUGGACAACGAGCACCUGGGAAGAAGGUCCUCAAAGUGCUGCUGUAUUUAUGAGAAGCCACGACAGUUUGGAGAGUCUUCCUCUGAAAGUGAAGGAGACGAGGAUGAGGAAGGCUGUGGAAGUGCUCACUGCAUCCUGGGCCACGGCAGGAGAGGCCAUGGACAGAGAGGGGAAGGGGCGACCACCGCUCCCCCAACUUCUGGAGGGUCACACGCCCACUAGCAAACACUGCUGGAUGAUAUGGGAGGUGUGAAGGGGGGGUGUCACAUUACAAAUCUGCACUAUUUGUUUUAUUUUAGUCCCAUCAGAGGUUCAGAUGUCAGGAAAUUCCAGCUGCUGAAGGACAGAUAUGGACAUCUACAUCACUUCCUGUCCACAUGAGGAAGUUCAGUGUGUCUUGUGGUGUUUUGAAAUGUUCCAGCUAAUUCAUAACAAAUCACACACAGUCUGAAUGUUUCCUAAAACACAUCAGAGAUAGUCCCCGUCUCCAGGCGGAGGCCGGUCUCCGUCUCCAGGCAGAGGCCAGUCCCUGUCUCCAGGCGGAGGCCAGUCCCUGUCUCCAGGCGGAGGAUGGUCCCUGUCUCCAGGCGGAGGAUGGUCUCUGUCUCCAGGUGGAGGCCGGUCCCCAGUCCCUGUCUCCAGGCAGAGGCCAGUCCCUGUCUCCAGGCGGAGGCCAGUCCCUGUCUCCAGGCGGAGGAUGGUCCCUGUCUCCAGGUGGAGGCCGGUCCCCAGUCCCUGUCUCCAGGCGGAGGAUGGUCCCCGUCUCCAGGCGGAGGAUGGUCCCCGUCUCCAGGCGGAGGAUGGUCCCUGUCUCCCGUCUCUGACAUGUCAUGGUGGGCACAUUUGGCUCAGGAGUCACAUGGCUGAUGGUAGACGUUCCUGCUGUUAAAUGUCCAGAAGACAGCCGUUGUCAGACGGUGAUCCUCAGAUUGUGUGAUGUGUUCGGAAUGAGCUGAAACACCCAGUCCAGGUCUAGGAUGUGUCCCAGCAGGAUUCAGCGAUGUCGAGGUGUCCUUAAAUGCAGCAUGGGGAGGCAGACGGACUGCUUGUACAUUCUCAGCACACUGUGGAUGAGUUUUUUUUUUUAUUUACUGGUCUUAGUUUUUGCUGAUGUUGGACCACAGUCUGAUUAAGGGUCAGGAUGGAAACUGAGGACUGGACUCUGGAUCAGAUUUUGAUCUGCAGCUGGGUUUUCUAGCUGAGAGAAGUUGAGGGACAUUUGACUAGACUAGUGCGAUGCUUUCUUCCCCACAUUUAACUUGUUAUCAGGGUGGGACUGAGCCAUCAUCUCGGUGGAAUUGUUGAUUAGAUGUUUUUUUUUUUAUCAGAAAGCUUGACUGGGGCCGUGGUCCCAGCUGCUGGAUCAGGACCUCUCCUUUAACCGUGGACUCUGACUGUAGACGUGGAGGACAGCAGUUUCUUCUGCAGGAAUCAUCAGAAUUAACCGUGUUCCUGGUAGAAACGUUGACCCUUGAUGUGACUGAAAGCUUCACUCAGCUUUGAUCCCAUGUUAACCUGGACCCCUUCAGACCACAGCCCGGUCUUUAUCAGUCUGCAGCUACAUGGACCACCGAGUCCUCUGCAGGGGCUAGGUUAACCGAUUCCAAUCUGAGCUGCUGCGUGUUUUUAGGGAGAAGAUGUGUGGGUGUAAAUAAACCAGUAACGUUUACCUGCAGUAACUACAUGUACAUGCUGAUCUUUAAAAAUGAAAUAAAGUGAUGAAAUGAGAAGAAAUCUGCUCUCAGUUCAGUCUGAGCUGCUGAUAAAGUGGCCGGACGCUCAGUUUUUGACUUCAGGAUGAUAAACCCAGACACAAAGUUUCAGAAAUCCUCACAUUUCAAGUCUUAAACAUCAUGUGGUGAAAUCCAGAGAGGUUGGCCACCAUCAUGUGGUUUCAGACUAGGAUGAAGAUCAUGGUGUCUCUGGACUAGACCUGGUUUGAUGAAGGCUAAUUAAUGGGACGAUCCUCCACUCAUCAGUCCAUCCGUGAGGGUCUUCUCUCACCACUAUGUUCUCUGGAGGAUUUCUGACUGUAGAUAAAGGCGGAUGGAGAUUGGUGGAGGUGUCCAGGACAGCAGCUGUUUGUGAGGUAAAAUGAAAGAAAAUGCUGUGACUGAAGCUUUGUCAUCAGCGGGACUCCAUCAUCAUCAUCAUUGUGGCUUCCAAGCUGUGGGUCACUGCCCUUAUCGUCCCGCCUCCUCACAGUGUUCCACCUGUACGUUUUUUCUCCUGCUGGUGAUGAUGCACCUUUCUGUACAUAUUAUUGGAAAAAUAAUAAAAAUUAAAGUUUUGAACGGCA